GGUUUUCACGAUUGUAUUAAAUCGAAUGUGUUUUAGAAUCUCUUUCUCGUCAAAUAUGGAUGUCAAAACAGCAAGGCCCUAUUUCUUCGGCGAUAUCGGAUUCUGGUCUGAGAGGACAGAGGUACACAAAGCUGCUUAUUGUGGACAGGCGUUUGAGCUACAAAAUCUAAUCCAAAGUGGGGCUUCAGUAAAUAUAGUUGCUGUAGACUCCAUCACACCUCUCCAUGAAGCUGCUAUCAGGGGACAGAAAGAGUGUGUGAGGUUGCUAUUGGAUGCUGGAGCACAGGUUGAUGCGAGGAACGUGGAUGGUAGCACUCCCCUGUGCGAGGCAUGCUCUGCUGGGAGCUUGGAUUGUGUGCGGCUGCUGCUGGAGUAUGGUGCAAAAGUCAAUCCUGCUCUCACCUCCCGCACCACCUCCCCACUACAUGAGGCCUGCAUGGGAGGUAAUGCUGAGUGUGUUAAAUUAGUGUUAGCAAAAGGAGCUAGCCUAGAAGCCUAUGACCUGUACAAUGGGACUCCACUACAUGUAGCGUGCGCUAACCAACAGCUGGAGUGUGUCAGGGUACUGCUCAAUGCAGGAGCUAAAGUGAAUGCGGCCCGGCUGCACGAGACAGCCUUGCACCAUGCAGCCAAGGCCAGCAACGCAGAAAUGAUCGAGCUGUUGGUGGAGUUCGGGGCGAACGUGUACGCCAAAGACAAACACGAGAAGAGACCGGGCGACUACACCCAACCUACCUCAUCCUCCGCGCUCCUCCUGCAGCUUUACGAGAGUGAUCCUCUGUCUCUGCAGCAGCUGAGCCGUAUAGCACUCAGGACUGUACUCGGCACCAGAGCUCUGCAGGUUGUGACCAAACUGGAUCUCCCAGGCCGCAUCAUUCGCUACCUCUGCUACCAGUGAAAACUUCUGCGCGCACCCACACUCAGGACAGGUGUGACUCAGAGUUCAAACUUAAGCUCUAUUACAACUGCAAUGUAUUUAUCAUCUAACUGUCAUUCAUUAUAUUUUAGACAUAGAUGAGAUGGAAAACAAAUUUCUUGUUAAGUACACUGAACAUGAGUGUAACAUCCUUUUUGCACUUUGGCCUUAGAAUUUCCAUAUUGUAACAACUGCAAAAGACAGAGCAAAAUCUCACUUAAGUGGCGUGUCAAGGAAAGAGGGGGAAACGAUAUGUGAAUCUGGCAGCUACAUGCACCCAAGGAACUGCUCCAACUCCGAACGUGACCUACGGCUGUACACAGGGACCUGCUAACAAGGUCCUCUUUUAGUCGGAAACACAGACGUGCAGAGCACUGAGGCGUCCUGCUCAACUAUCUAGAGUCUGCAGUGUCUGUCUGCAGAGUGACAGUGUCCUGUAAACAAGCUUGCAGGGAAUGGCAGUUAUAUUCUUACUGCAUCUCCACUAUGAAAUUCUGAAGGAACUCAGAACUAAUAAUGCAUUGUCACAUGAAUUGUCACUCCUUCAUAAUAUCUAUCAAAUUGAAAAUUGAAAUUGAAUAUUGGAAUUUCUUAAGGUUUAAAAAAAAAACAACAACCAAAUAAACAAAACAACAUUGCUGGUAAUUUAAUUCCAUCCUAAAUUUCAUAUUAGACAUUUUUGACUCUCUUAAUGUUAUGCAGCUGGAAUGUGCUUAGAUGGCCAGUCCUUGUUUAAAUUAUCCUGGGCUUUAAAGGAAGGGCUUAGUCCUUAGCUAAUUGGGAAAUGUAAUAUCAAAGUGUCAUACUCAUGCACCUCAGUCAUAAUGAGUGGGCAUGAAUGCAACUUGAAGGUAACUACUUGCUAAUCCAAAAGACAAUGUCUUCCCCAUACAUUCUUUGUCCCAGCCCUGGACUCCUCACACCCUGGCCAGAGUCACUUCAGUAAGGGCUUGUUCAUUACCUGCUCGGAUAAGGUGGGUGUAUGGCGAACACAGGGAGAUAAAGGUGUGCAGUGUAGUAUAUAGUACUUAUGGGAGAACUGGAAGAGGAAAUGCUCUGUUUCCUUUUCAUUCAUAUCUUCUUACACAAGCCAUAAUGACUAGAGUACAUGAACAUGGAUGUAACUUCCCUAAAGUCCCUACUUGUUGAUCAAAGAUGCAUCUUUAGCAUGAUUGAGCUUGUUAUGGCUCCAUUUCCUGUAUUUUCCAUAUUAAAUAUUGAUUGAGUUAUUUGAAUCAGACUGUUAUUCCCUGCACAGUUCUCUUUACCCAUCUAACACAUGCACAUGUCCAUACCCUUCUGCCCUGCUCUCAUUUGCACCUGGACUAAGAAAAAAGGCAGUCAUGCAGAAAUAGCUCCGCUGCUCAACUCAUCCCUUUCACUGUGGAACAUGAGUUAGAGCUCUGCUGCAUGGAGGCGUCACAGUGCACUUUUCUAAACAGGGCUGGGAAGAUGCAGGAAAAAUGCUGCUCGGAAAUGCUAACCCUCUUCUGAAGCUAUGCAUACAGACAGCAGCUAUGGGUGGAAUGCUGUGCUUUUCUCUGCCCCGCUCUCUCCCCCCCCCAGGCCAUUCUGCCCCCCACAUCCCACUUUCCCUGGGAAGGACCUUUAAAGGACUGAUAUGUUUUUCUGCACCAGUCUUAACUGUAUGUGCCAAAUGCAAAAAUAGCACAGUGAUUUUUCCAAGAUGCCAACCCUGAUUCUGAUGUUGAACACUAGGUAGGGUCAUGGCUAUUAAAACUUGAUCGGCUAUAUUAAAUUGUUCAUUUCUUUUAAGCAUGCAUAAAGUUAACAAUGGCCAGACUGGUGCUAAGGAUAUAUUUUCAGUGAUCUGUAAAAUAAAAAUUGAAAUGUAAAA